CGCCAAGGCAGCAGCUGGUGCUUUUCAGCGCUCCGUCGCUCCCGGCUGAACCAUGAAGCCCUCAUCGCUCUUUCUCUGCCAUUGCCUUGGUCUUGCCUGGUACGCGUUUCUAGUCCAUGUGAUCCGCCAGACAGAGAAGAGAGGAAAGUUUGACGAUUUCGCAGCCUACGGCGGGCCGUGGCAAUUUUUGACGGUUCUCAACCUGGUUUUGCAGGCAUUUUUCUAUGGCUUCUCCUUGCUGGCUGAUGCAUUUGUACUACUGAAGAAAUACCGAAUUGCUAAAUCCAUGUUUUCCUUCAGAGACUUGAUCUUUGCUGGCAUGGCUUUUCCUACAUCAGUGUUUGUGGGCAUAAGCUUUUGGACAUUAUAUCUUUAUGAUCGGGAGCUGGUGUAUCCCCACAGCAUUGAUACGGUAAUUGACAUAUGGAUGAAUCAUGCCAUGCACACUCUUCUGCUUCCAUUGAUCCUGUUGGAAAUGCUUAUCACACCUCGUCGUUAUCCAUCAAAGGGUAAAGGGCUUGGAUUAGCAAUUACUGCUGUUUCUGCCUAUAUGUGUUGGAUGCUGUGGAUUUAUUCAGUAAGUGGGAGGUGGCCCUACCCUUUGUUCCAAGGUCUGAGUCACUUCAGCAUUGUAAUAGUUUUCCUUGUGAGCACCGCCAUCUACCUUUUAAUCUAUAACACAGGAGAGUUUCUCUGCCGUAUGAUUUGGGGUGACACAAUAGUAAUUCUAGAUAUUUACAAGAAGAAGAGUAAGUGAAACUUGAUGGUGCUGAAAGAGAUGUAGAAGCAUGAUGGAGGCCAUGAAAUGGAACAAGAAGAACUAUGUGAAAACUUCCCUCAUGUUCAACAUUUAGCAUAUUCUAAUGAAUCUAGAGUUUUCCAAAAGAAACUAAGCUGGAUCUGGAGAGUGGAUUUGGGCAGAGCCUUUUUCAGGACUCUGGAGGCAUUUGCUGUUAUUUCACAAAGAUUAAAGGGGUUCCCAAGGACAUCAAGCCUCCUGAAAUGUCUCUAGUUCCAGAACUGUGCCAGUUCAGUCAUGGGUGCCUUGACUCUUCCAAGGCUGUUGUAGACCUUCUGGCAUGGAUCACACCUUGCCCAAUCUCCCUAGCCACCCUCUGCAGCCACCUGGAGGUCCACAGGCCCAUUCUAUCCUGGCAGAAUCACAACAGUCCCAGACACCUUGGACAUUCCUGCGCAAGUGUGACAUUGCAACUCAAGCUCCCACCAUGCCAGGCAAAGCUGGUGGCUACCACAGCCCUUCUGCAGCCAAUUAAACCCUGCCCACCUCUCUGGGAUAGGGAGAGUUCCUUCACUAGAAGGGUUGCUGCAAACUUGGAGGGUUUGGGCUCUGAUUAAAUUACUCCUUGGUCUGGACAAGCUUCUCAGGGCCUCUGGUCCAAAGGAGAUAAGCUAGAUCCAUUUUGGAGCCAAGAGGAACAAACCUGACAGCAGGGCUUUUCUAAAUGAGCCAUUUACUGUACAUUUGUGAUUCCUUAUUCACAGCUGUUGAGAUGACUUCCAGUUUCACUUUUGUGUAUUCAAAGCACUGAAAAAUGUUUUAGAACAGGGAGGAAACAUUUUGAAGUUACAGUGGAGAAAAUGACGCUCUGUCUUCUGUUGUAUUUGUGCUGUGGCACUUACAACACAGCUCUGCCUAAAAGUUGUGUAGCAGAAAAGAAGGAAAGGAGGAGCUUGUUGUAUAGAGCUUGGAUUGCAAUGCUAUGAUGAAACUGAAAGUGCGUACAGCACAAGAAAUGUCUCCUGCACAAAAGCCCCUGGAUAAAUGGAUAAAUUCACACCUACCCUAAAUCUGAGGGAUAUUGUUUGCCCAUCUUUAAAGAAACUCUGUGUACUUGAUCAUGAGCAAUGUGGGAGAAAAUGGAAUGAUGGCAUUCUUUCAGAAGAUUAGGGGGAAAAACAGUUAAUGGCUAUAAACUGAAGUAAUGCCGAGUAUCCCAUUCCUAACUUAAUGGCAGGGGAGAAGUAGUCACUGAAUCAAUGAACGAAAUCUCUUGAAAUAUUCAUAUGCAUUUCAGAAAGAAAAGAGUUCAUGAGAUUCCUGACAGUCACAUGGUUUCUUCUUUCAGGUUUCAGAUAUGGUAAUCCCGAGUCAAAAUAAUGUAAUUGCAAUGUCUCCACAACUGAACAAAGUAUAUAAUUUCUAUCACUGUUUAGCAGAAAUCGUUUUGUCAUGUUUUAUAUUCCCUGACUAACCUCGUUUGCUGGUUUAUUUCUUUUAUUAACCUCCUCAUCAUAUUAAGUCUUAGAGCACUGGAAC